ACACAAAGUGUGACAAAUUAUUUGAUACACUUGAAAGACAAUCAAAUGGUGCCAAAUCACAUUGUCAAAUGUAUUUCCAUGCAAUUAUAACUGUGAUGAUAAAAAACAUAGACACUAGAAAGAGUUGUUAACCCUUUGAUCCCAAGAGUGACCAGCUUCAAAUUUCUCAUAAUACCACCCUUGACUUACACAUUAAGGUCACAAGAAUGAAGAAAAUGGUAUGCUCUGAUGUAACAGAAUCUAACAUUCUGCUUAUGCAAAGUUCCUAGAUUAUUUAUCACAAAUCAGCUGUCUGGUUGAUUAAUGACUGAUAUACCCACAACUAUCAAAUACCUAGUAAUUUUUUUAAACCAAACUUGUCCUAGAAAAAGUAUUGUUCUUACCAUAUUUCCUACACUAGGCACCUUUGCUGUAAUAAGCCCCUGCCCCCUAGGCCAUAAGGUCAAACAAGCUCCCCUCUCCUCCCUCACUUUCUUGAAUAUUAGGGAUACAAGGAAAACCUGUUUCUAUUGCCACUUUACUUAUGCCUUUGUAAACUUCAACUGCAGUGGAAUCAGUGCUAGAGAAUAGUUUCCUUUCCAUUAAAGUCACUUCCAGUUAUUUCUAUCUCUACAUGCUAGCAGGGUUCCUUUAUGUGCAAUAUCUUUUCUUUUAAUUUUUUACCUAUUGCUGUGCUUAAUAUACUGUAACUCCCCCCCCCUUGAUUAAGUGUCCUUCCAAUAAGCACCCAUCCCAUACGCCAAAAUUUGCAUGCUUAUUCAAGAAAAUACAGUUAUUGAUGUCGCAAUUAUUCUUACAGAUUUUUCAUAUGCUCCAUUGAUAAUUGAAGAGUGGACUGAUGCAUGCUGUAGCUGGACACAACUAGCCUUUCUGACAAAAGAUGGAGAUUGCCUACAGUGGAGUGAUUACACUAGACUUAAUGAAGAAUCAAAACCUGUGAAAGUCCAUAGUAAUGGCACAAAAUUCAAAGCAGUUGGCUGCAGAGAGUCCAGCUGCAUUGCAUUAUCAGGAAAUGGACAGGCUGGCUUCAUAUGCAGUGAACAAGUCCAAGAUGGUUCUGUUGCAAAACCAGUUCCUGUAUUUAAAGCAAUAGACAUAAAUAAGGAGAUAACAUCAGUUGCUUGCGGAAAAGAGCAUGCUCUGUUGUUGACUUCAUCAGGAACUGUCUACAGUCUUGGAAGUGGAAGCCGUGGACAGCUCGGUCGUGGAUUGAUAGUUGAAGAGCAAAGUUCAGAAGUUGUUCCAGCUCUGGAAGGAAUCAAAAUGCAAUUUAUAGCAGCAGGUGGCUGGCAUUCAGCUGCAAUAAGUGAAUUUGGUGACCUUUACAUGUGGGGAUGGAAUGAGAAGGGACAGCUGGGUUUGGCUGUUGAUCUCGAUGACACACUGUCGUCAACUGGUGGCCAGGUUCAAUGUCAGACAGUACCAGUACCUGUCAGCUUUCCAGAUGAUUUAGAGGUACUGAUGGUUAGUUGUGGAUCAAGGCACACUGCGGCAAUUCUUGGUGAUGGGAGUGUUUGGACGUGGGGUUGGGGCUACUAUGGCCAACUCGGACACGGUGACCAAGCGGACAGAUCUGCGCCGACGCAAGUCGCAGCCUUUUUUCCAUUGAAGCUCAAACCCAAAACGCUCUAUUGUGGCACUUGGUCGACGUUUUUGAUGAUUUCAAAAUGAUCUGCGACGUGUUAAGAUAAUGUCAGUUUGGAAGGUCACUGGAAAACACCUUUAAUUAAAUACGCGGUUUUCCAGAAUCGUGCUGAUACUAUGGAACAGCAUUAUCAUGAAGGAUCAGCUGGGAUGUUCGCCUGAGCUGUGAAAACCAAAACCAAAGUAACCACCAAUCAGAGGAGAGGAAAAUAAAGAAAGGGCUCAGUUGAAAACUCAGAGGAAAACAGGCAAACUCAAUCCUUGAAGCGCGGGAGAGCACGAGUGACCAAACCGCUAUUGGUUUCAGUUUUGAAUCUGGCUGGCUGAGAGGAUGUCGCAACUCGUUUGUGGACCAAUGACACGGCGAAGUGCUGUGAAGUGCUGCAGAAUCAAAGCAAAAUCAAAGCAAAACCAGAUUGCUUUUAACGCUCGACUGAAAUUUUCUUGGUAGGGUUAUUACAAUACAGUAUGAUCGCCCUGCAGAGAGAGAGAGUGCUGGAAAGAAUCGUUCAAGUUGCUGAAAGUUAGAACGAGUGGCCUUUUGUUUGUUUACUUCGUCAGUAGACUUUUAAAUAUGUAGUUGGAAACAGUUACGCCAAUUUUUUUGGGACGUUAUUGGCUGGAAGGAUCAAGAACCAUGGUUCUGUUCAUCGGUUUUGUGCCUUCUUUUUGGAAGGUUUUCGCUCAUCCUGAUCGUAUGCUGACCAGGUGCACGUUUCCCAAUCGACCCGAAACCUUCUCGAGCACCAAAAUCGUCCGUCAUUACAAGAUGUAUACAAUGUGUGUUUUUUGGAUUUGCGCGUUUUCGCAUACCUGUGAUACAAAAUUUUUGUGUUACCGACAUAAAAAAAAAAAAAUCAUCUCACAUGUAGUUUACAUAACGAUUGCAAGCGAACGCGAUACUACAUGCGUUCGAUAGAUGCGUGUAGACGAGAGUGUGUAAACACGAUUAUGACCCUCUACGUUCGCACGUAUUUUUGUGAUUAUGUCAUACAUACAAUAUGGAAGACGAUUCCCCCGUGUAAAUUAGGGACUUUAAGAUACAAGAACGCAGACGUCAUCGGAAACGCCGUAGCUGCGUCCGGCCUGUUUCGAAGAUGCCGUGUUUGUGGCGAGAAAAAUAAGUUAAAAUGGCGGGAUUCAGCGACGCGGCCGUUCAUUGAUAGAAAAUAAAAGUAGCGAAUUUGUUCUUC